AUGUCUAUUCAAAAAGACAUUGUGACUCCUUUCUCAAAACAUUCACAAAUAAAACAAAAAGCAUUUCAUGAGCAUUUUAUCAUAUUAAAUUCUAUAUCAUUUCGUGAUAUCGAUUUUGAACAUUCAUAUAUAAUUUUAUAUAAAAAACGAAAUCCUAAAGAGCAAUUUGAUUUAUUAAAACAUAAUGAACAUAUUAAAUUUUUUGACUUCUUUAAAUGUAAAUGUGGUAACAAUAAAACCAAUUUUCGAAAUGAAAAAGAAUAUAAAUUUCGUGAAGAUUUAUGGCAAUAUGAUAACAGAUAUACUAAUUGGGAAUGUCCAUUUAGAAGACGUUGUAGAUAUUUUAAACUACUUCAAAGUGUUGAUAAAAAUAUUCCCAAGAAAGAUCGCUUAGGAUCUUUAAGUGAUAAAGAUUCUUUAAUGAAAUUUAAAAAAUUACUUCCUAUUGAAAAUAUUGUAAAUACUAGAUUAAAAAAAUUAAAACAAGAAGAAUAUAAAUUACAAUCACCUCAAUGGCAACCACAAUCUCCAUCUAUCUAG